AUGGCAGGCAGUCGACUAGUGGUAGGGCUCGAUUAUGGCACGACCUACACUGGCGUGUCGUUCUGCGAAAUAUCCGACUACACCUUAGAACAUCAACAUAUCGAGGUUGUACACGAUUGGCCGUCACGUCAUGGAAAGAUCGGCACAAAAGAGAAGGUACCAAGCGAGGUGGCCUAUCUGAAAGAAGGCCUGCGAUGGGGCUCUGACAUCCCGCCACAUGAGAAGCGACACAUGUGGACAAAGCUUGAAUUAGACAACCGUGGAGAUGGCGAGGCCGCCAUGGUAAUCGGAGAGACUGUGUCUUCGUUUGGGGUACGCAAACCACCCGUUGAAAUCGUGGCCGACUUCCUUGCGCAAGUGAAGGCUCAUUUGAUCAAAAACCUGGACGACAAAUACGGCAAAGAACUAUGGAGGACGCUUCCCAUAACAUUGGUGGUGACGGUCCCAGCUGUGUGGUCAGACGUUGCGAAACACCGGACCAUGCAGGCUAUCGAAAAGGCCGGCUUCAAUUCUCUAGAGUUUCGAGAGCUGAGAAUGCCUAUCAUCGUCACUACAGAGCCAGAGGCCGCUGCUCUCUACACCAUCAAAACGCUCCGUGGUACAUCACAGGAUACGAAACUGGCAGUUGGUGACGGUUUCAUUGUCUGCGACAUGGGAGGCGGGACCGUUGAUCUUAUCGCGUACCGAGUUGCCAGUGUCCAACCCACGGUCAUCGAGGAAGCUACUGUAGGCAAUGGUGCUCAGUGUGGUGGUAGCUUCAUCGACCGUGCUUUUCUUCAGUGGCUUGAACUCCGUUUGGGCACGGAUGACUUCAUUAAGAUUGCUGGUUGUCGAAGUGAAGAGCUACCUCGUACUUCGCUCAAUAGGAAAGCGGCCAAACUUCUUCAAGAUUUCACUAUGGAGGUCAAGAGCGGGUUCUCGGGAACUCAGACGAAUUACCUGCUAUUGCCAAACCCUCUGAGCGCCAUUGAUGAUGAUGAGAAGAGAGGCAUCAGCGACGGAGAUUUGAAGAUCACAGCGGGCGAUACACGAGCAAUGUUUGAUUCAUCUAUUUUCCAAACAUACGAGCUAAUCCAAGAGCAAAUCAAGCGGGCUCGCGAAAGCAAUAUCAAGAUCAAGUAUCUCUUCUUGGUCGGUGGCUUCUCGGAGUCUCCAUACAUGUUUUCCAAGAUCAAAAGCUUCGUAGAGAAGCAAGAGAUACAGGCGAUUCGGCCUCUCUAUGCUUGGUCAGCAGUUGUUCGAGGUGCCGUGACCAAAGGCAUUGAACAAGGUAGUGGCGCUAUUUUGAAGCGAAAGAGCCGUCGGCAUUAUGGUACAUCAUAUUCCUCACGUUUCAAUAAACGCGUUCACAACAAGGCCGACAUGUACGUCGAUGAAUACGAUGGCCAGAGAUGGGCUAGAAACCAAAUGAGCUGGUUGAUUCAGAGGGGGCAAGAUAUGCAUGCAUCAGACGCAACACAUGCAGCUGUCGAGAUAGUGUCGAAUUGGUGGUCAAUUUACCAUGUGGCAACGCUGACUUCAGAUCUGAGCGACCUACCUACGAAGGAAAUGAAGUUGAAGACUAGCUCAUCUGGUCGCAAGUACUACAGUGUGGAUUGUACGGUCAACAUAUCUCUGCAGUCUGCCUUGGACUUCUUUAUUACAGUCAAAGGAAAGAAGCUUGGUUCUUUGACCGUCAGCUAUGAUUGA